CCCGCCGGCAGCAUGAGCCCGUCCUUCCUCCUCCUCCUCCUCCUCCUCGCCCUGCCCGCCCGCGCCCGGCGAGAGCAGGUGCCCGGCGGGGCGCAGCGGGGCCGCAACGCCCCCGCGUCUUCCUCCUCCUCUUCCUCCUCCCCGGCGGCGGCGGCGGGGCCGAGCCGCUUCCCGCGGAGCCGCCCGGAUCGGCGGCGGGGCCGGCUGUACUGCCGGGUGGGCAUCGGCUUCCACCUCCAGCUGCACCCCGACGGCCGCGUGGACGGCGCCCACGACGCGAGUCCGCUCAGUAUUUUGGAAAUAUUUGCUGUGUCUCAGGGGAUUGUAGGAAUACGAGGAGUUUUCAGCAACAAAUUUUUAGCGAUGUCAAAAAAAGGAAAACUCCAUGCAAGUGCUCGCUUCACGGUGGACUGCCAUUUCCGGGAGCGCUUCCAGGAGAACAGCUACAACACCUACGCCUCGGCCGUGCACCGCAGCCCCCGCUCGGGCCGCCAGUGGUACGUGGCGCUCAACAAGCGGGGCAAAGCCAAGCGCGGCUGCAGCCCCCGCGCCCGGCCGCAGCACGUCUCCACGCACUUCCUGCCCCGCUUCUGGCAGCCGCAGCCCCCCGAGCUCGCCUUCACCGUGGCCCUGCCCGAGAAGAAGCCCCCGCCGCCCAAGCCCAAGGCGGCCCCGCCUCGGAAGAGCCCCGGGCCCGUCAGGUACCGGCUCAAGUUCCGCUUUGGGUAGCGCGGCACCAGGCACCGGGCAGCUCUCGGGGGUCACCCCGCGGGGGACCCGUGCGUCCCUCCGCACACGGACAUGGGCAAGCUCCCGGGCAGCCGUGCCGGCAUCGAGGUCUUCCCUUGGGAGAAGAGGAGGCGUGCGCCGGGC